AUGGCGUACAGGGGUAAAAAGCUCACGCCCGCCGGAGAUCGACACAAUUACAUAUCGCGAAUGAGGGAGCGCAAGCAGAAGAAGCUGUACUCGGAGGAUUGGGCGCUGGGCGAGGACGACAUCGAGGGCCACAGGACGUUCAGUCUGCAGGAGAAGCUCGAGGACGGCGCGUUCGCGUCGCAUAACAUCGUCAAAGAGAUGCACGGCGCCGAAUUGAGCGUCGCCUAUCUACAGAGGCACGGUUUCAAUACGCCGUUGUUGUUCAAAGAGAAGGCUGGAUUGGGUCUGCGAGUGCCGACGGCGAAUUUCACGAUAAACGACGUCAGGAUGUGCGUCGGCUCGAGGCGGGUGCUCGACGUCAUGGACGUCAGCACGCAGAAGAACAGCGAAAUGACGAUGAAAGAGUGGCAAAAAUACUACGAGGACCCCGACAAAGAUAAACUAUUGAAUGUGAUAUCGCUGGAAUUCUCCCACACCAAGUUAGAAAAUUACGUACAAAGUCCUACGGUCGUCAGACAAAUAGAUUGGGUGGAUUGCGUGUGGCCGAGGCACCUGAAAGAAAGCCAAGUGGAAGCCACCAACGUGCUGGAAGAAAUGAAAUACCCCAAAGUUCAAAAGUACUGCCUUAUGUCCGUCAAAGGUUGCUAUACGGAUUUUCACGUCGAUUUCGGCGGUACCUCGGUGUGGUACCACAUAUUAAAAGGCGGCAAGGUAUUUUGGUUGAUACCACCCACCGAACACAAUCUGGAUCUCUACGAGCGCUGGGUGUUGUCGGGCAAACAAUCGGACAUCUUCUUCGGCGACACGGUGGAGAAGUGCGCCCGCAUAACGUUGCACGAGGGCAACACGUUCUUCAUACCGACCGGUUGGAUACACGCCGUCUACACGCCCAAGGAUUCGCUGGUGUUCGGCGGGAAUUUCCUGCAUUCGUACGGCAUCGACAAGCAAUUGAAGAUCGCCCAAGUCGAGGAUUCCACAAAGGUUCCGCAGAAGUUUCGCUAUCCGUUCUUCACCGAAAUGCUGUGGUACGUUUUGGAGAGGUACGUGCAUUGUUUGUUGGGGAAUUCCCAUCUGACGACGGGACAGGAUGCUCCGAUACCGCCCGAUAGGGCUCACAUACACCUUACCCAGACUGAAUUGCACGGAUUGAAGGAGAUAGUUUUGUAUUUGCACAUGUUACCCCCGAACAAGAAGAACGUACCGGAGCUGUUGAAGGACCCCAUAUCUCUGAUACAGGACGUUAGAACGUUGAUCGGACUGCAUAGGCAGGAUAGUAGGGAAAUGGCGAUAACGGGUCGACCGGUAUUGACAGUACCGGAAGAUUUGGAUAAUAAAUUGAAAAUACCGGGCCCCAGAGGACCCUACCACAAAUUCAACAACAACCUACCCAAACCGAUCAAACCGGGCGUCUUCAAAGGACCGAAGGGCGAAAAGGGCGGCCCGAGACGUCGAAGGACCAGGUGCAAGAAGUGCGAGGCGUGCCAGCGCAACGACUGCGGCGAGUGCAGCUUCUGCUUGGACAUGGUGAAGUUCGGCGGGCCCGGCAGGGCCAAGCAGACCUGCAACAUGCGCCAAUGCCUGCAACCCAUGUUGCCGGUCACCGCGGCCUGCGCCCACUGCGGCCUCGACGGUUGGAUGCAGACGCCGGUCACGCCGUUGCAGAAGGGCCCGCAGCGCUGCGAGAGCGCCAGCAAUCUCAUGGAAUGCUCGGUGUGUUACGAGAUAGCGCACCCGCAGUGCGUGCAAAGGCUGUGCCAGGACUUCACGGGCUACAUGAACGAGGACAUGCCGAAUUCGUGGGAGUGCCCGAUGUGCUGCAAGCUCGGCAAGAACACCGACUACCGGCCGAGGCAUUUUCGCGCCCGCCAGAAAUCCUCGGACAUCCGGCGGAUGUCGAUCAGUUCGGACGCUUCGAGCGCCUUGGACCACAAGACGCACCACGAGCAAAUGAGCGAUUCGGGCGGCAGCGACGCCGAAACGAAGGACGCGAAGGACCCGUUGCCGAUCAAGAAGCGCCGGACGAGCGAGGGCGCCGACGCGGAGACGAAGUCGCCUCAGGGCGAUCCGCCGCGCAAGACGGCGUUCCGGAUGCAACUGGCCCAGCAGAUCGUCGCCAAUUCGACCAAGGCGCUGAAGAAGCCGAUGGUGGUGGUGCGACCGGCGCCCGUCGCCGCCGCCAACAACGCUUCGGCCGCUUCGGGCAACAAUUUGGCGCUCGACAAGCGCUGCAUGCUGUCGAUAUUCCGGCACAUGUCGCCCAAAGAGCUGCUGACGUGCGCGCUGGUGUGCAAAACGUGGGCGACGUUCACGGUGGAUCCGUCGCUGUGGAAGCGCAUGGUGUUCACCAGGAAGCACAUCUCGUCGGACAUAUUGAAAGGCAUCGUGCGCAGGCAACCGGUAUCGUUGGGUUUGGACUGGUGCCACAUCAACAAGUUCCAACUGCCGUGGCUCUUCCAGCGUUUGAGCCAAUUGAAGCACCUAUCGUUGGUGAGCGUCAACGUGAAGACGGCGAUUUCGCUGAAAUCCAACCAUUCGGCGGUGUUGCAAUCGCUCGAUUUGAGCUUCGUAUCGGACAUGAGCGAUUCGGCGUUGCGCGACAUCCUGGGGCCGAAUAACGACGCUCGUACCGGCCUACCGUCGGCCAAAAUACGCUUCAGGAAUCUGGAGGAACUGAAGCUGGCGGGCACCGACGUGACGGACAUCGCGAUGCGCUACGUGACGCAGUACCUGCCGAAUUUGCGGCGAUUGGGGCUCGGCAUGUGCCCGAGGAUAUCGGACGCGGGUAUCGCGCAAUUGUCGACGAAGCCGGCCAAUACGGUGACGAAUCUGGUGAGCCUCGACCUGAGCCAUUCGAAAUUGGUGACGGAGAACAGUCUGGAGCAUUUGGCGAAGUGCGAGAAUCUGGUGCGAUUGGAUUGUAGACAUUCGUUGCAGAUUUCGACGCAGGCGUUGAUCAAGUUCGCCGCGAAGAGCGAACGGAAUUUGCAGGUUAGGGAUAUCAAGUUGGUAGACGUGAGGCAGGGUAAAUAG